AACGGAAAUCAUUUAUUUGAUCAAGAGGGAAAGCGGGUUACCGGAGCAAGAACAUGUCAGCCACAUUUCCCGGCCUGGUCCAUGAUUCCGAGAUACGUCAUGACGGGUCCAACAGUUAUCGUCUGAUGCAACUCGGUUGCCUCGAGAGCGUCGCCAACUCUUCCGUGGCCUACAGCUCCUCCUCGCCGCUCACAGCCUACCCGCCGACGGCCACAGAGUUCGCCUCGCCCUACUUCUCCACCAACCACCAGUACACCCCCCUGCACCACCAGUCCUUCCACUAUGACUUCCAGCACUCCCACCCAGCCGUGGGCCCAGAGGCGUAUGGCCUCAACUCUCUCCACUCCGGGCAGUACUACCAGCAGAUUCACCAUGCAACACAUGGCGAUGCAGACUUCAUCAACCUGCACAGUGCCCGUGCACUCAAGUCCUCGUGCCUGGAUGAUCAGCAGAGGCGCGAGUUGGGCUGCCUGGACGCUUACCGGCGACAUGACCUGUCUUUGAUGACGUCACACGGCGGACAGUAUAGCAUGCACCACGACCAGAGGCUGCUGCCUGCGGCAGGUCUGGGGCUCCCUACCCCUGGGGCGGAUGACCUGCAGGGCUCCGUCGAGGCGCAGUGCGGGCUCAUGCUCAAUGGCCAAGGUGGCGUCAUCCGAAGAGGAGGAACCUGUGUGGUGAACCCCACUGAUCUGUUCUGCUCUGUCCCCGGCCGUCUGUCCCUCCUGAGCUCAACCUCCAAAUAUAAAGUCACCAUCGCUGAGGUGAAGAGACGCCUCUCGCCUCCAGAGUGUCUCAACGCCUCACUACUGGGAGGAAUCCUCCGCAGAGCUAAGUCUAAGAAUGGUGGUCGUUGUCUGAGGGAAAAGUUAGAUCGACUGGGACUCAACCUACCAGCUGGACGGAGAAAAGCUGCCAACGUUACACUCCUCACCUCUCUGGUGGAAGGUGAGGCGCUCCACCUGGCUAGAGACUUUGGUUAUACGUGUGAGACAGAGUUUCCUACCAAGGCAGUAGGCGAACAUCUAGCCAGUCAACACAACGAACCCAAGGAGACCAACGCACGCAAGAAGAUGGUGCUAGCCACCAAACAGAUCUGUAAAGAGUUCCAGGACCUGUUGAGUCAGGACCGUUCUCCUCUUGGCUCCUCCAGACCCACACCUAUACUGGACCUGGAUAUACAGAGACACCUCACACACUUCAGUCUGAUCACCCAUGGGUUUGGGACUCCGGCGGUGUGCGCUGCCCUUAGCACCUUCCAGACCGUUCUCAGUGAGAUGCUCAACUUCCUGGACAAACAAUCUGCCGCUGGGAACCAUGGGAAAACCUCAGGUCAGGAGACGGAAAAGACCGGAACCGCCCGGAAAAACAGCGAACCGCUCAAUAAAGAGGAGAAAGCUGAAAAGACAGAGUAACCCCUCCCCUGUGCCUUGGGAGGAGGAGCUAUGGAGACAGUUAUGUUUAUUAAUUCUGAUCAACAGGAAGUAGAGACAUGGACUUCUGGUCACCGCCAUCUGGGAGCCAAUGGGAGAGGAACACACUGUUCCCCCUUCAGUGUCCACCUGAACAGUGCAAUUAAUAAGUGUUUACCAUUUUAGAACUGAGAGACUGUGGUCUGGGGUUACUAUGUUGGUGAGACUGGGGUUACUAUGUUGGUGAGACUGGGGUUACUAUGUUGGUGAGACUGGGGUUACUAUGUUGGUGAGACUGGGGUUACUAUGUUGGUGAGACUGGGGUUACUAUGUUGGUGAGACUGGGGUUACUAUGUUGGUGAGACUGGGGUUACUAUGUUGGUGAGACUGGGGUUACUAUGUUGGUGAGACUGGGGUUACUAUGUUGGGGAGAGUGUUAGACUGGGGUUACUAUGUUGGUGAGAGUGUGAGACUGGGGACUGGGGUUACUAUGUUGGUGAGAGUGUGAGACUGGGGUUACUAUGUUGGUGAGACUGGGGUCUGGGGUUACUAUGUUGGUGAGACUGGGGUUACUAUGUUGGUGAGACUGGGGUUACUAUGUUGGUGAGACUGGGGUUACUAUGUUGGUGAGACUGGGGUUACUAUGUUGGUGAGAGUGUGAGACUGGGGUUACUAUGUUGGUGAGACUGGGGUUACUAUGUUGGUGAGACUGGGGUUACUAUGUUGGUGAGAGUGUGAGACUGGGGACUGGGGUUACUAUGUUGGUGAGAGUGUGAGACUGGGGUCUGGGGUUACUAUGUUGGUGAGAGUGUGAGACUGGGGUUACUAUGUUGGUGAGACUGGGGUUACUAUGUUGGUGAGACUGGGGUUACUAUGUUGGUGAGACUGGGGUUACUAUGUUGGUGAGAGUGUGAGACUGGGGUUACUAUGUUGGUGAGACUGGGGUCUGGGGUUACUAUGUUGGUGAGACUGGAGUUACUAUGUUGGUGAGAGUGUGAGACUGGGGUUACUAUGUUGGUGAGACUGGGGUUACUAUGUUGGUGAGAGUGUGAGACUGGGGUCUGGGGUUACUAUGUUGGUGAGACUGGGAUUACUAUGUUGGUGAGAGUGUGAGACUGGGGUUACUAUGUUGGUGAGAGUGUGAGACUGGGGUUACUAUGUUGGUGAGAGUGUUAGACUGGAGUUACUAUGUUGGUGAGAGUGUUAGACUGGGGUUACUAUGUUGGUGAGAGUGUUAGACUGGAGUUACUAUGUUGGUGAGAGUGUUAGACUGGGGUUACUAUGUUGGUGAGAGUGUUAGACUGGGGUUACUAUGUUGGUGAGAGUGUUAGACUGGAGUUACUAUGUUGGUGAGAGUGUGAGACUGGGGUCUGGGGUUACUAUGUUGGUGAGACUGGGGUUACUAUGUUGGUGAGACUGGGAUUACUAUGUUGGUGAGAGUGUGAGACUGGGGUUACUAUGUUGGUGAGAGUGUGAGACUGGGGUCUGGGGUUACUAUGUUGGUUAGACUGGGGUUACUAUGUUGGAGAGAGUGUGAGACUGGAGUUACUAUGUUGGUGAGAGUGUUAGACUGGGGUUACUAUGUUGGUGAGAGUGUGAGACUGGGGUCUGGGGUUACUAUGUUGGUUAGACUGGGGUUACUAUGUUGGAGAGAGUGUGAGACUGGGGUUACUAUGUUGGUGAGAGUGUUAGACUGGGGUUACUAUGUUGGAGAGAGUGUGUUUAUGUGUGUGUGCGUGCGCCUGUGUGUGCGCCUGUUGCUUGCCUGGGUGUGGGUGUGUGUGCGCCUGUUGCUUGCCUGGGUGUGGGUGUGUGCGCGCCUGUUGCUUGCCUGGGUGUGGGUGUGUGUGCGCCUGUUGCUUGCCUGGGUGUGGGUGUGUGUGUGCCUGUUGCUUGCCUGGGUGUGGGUGUGUGUGCGCCUGUUGCUUGCCUGGGUGUGGGUGUGUGUGCGCCUGUUGCUUGCCUGUGUGUGGGUGUGUGUGUGUGCGCCUGGGUGUGGGUGUGGGUGUGUGUGCGCCUGUUGCUUGCCUGUGUGUGGGUGUGUGUGCGCCUGGGUGUGGUUGUGGGUGUGGGUGUGUGUGCGCCUGUUGCUUGCCUGGGUGUGUGUGAGUCCAGAUCUCUGAGACUAGCCCAUUUUGUAAAGAUGAAUAUUCAGUUGCCAUAGAAACAGGUUGUUGUGCAUGUCGCCUCCCCAGAACUUUGUUUACGACACCAGCUCUUUGUCCCUUCAGAAACAUUUGUAUAGAUAUAUAUAAAUAUUUAAAUAACUUUUCUUGUCGGCUUUGAACUACAUAUACUGUAUGUUAAAACCAUACCUUCUGAAAUACCUGUGUUGAAUAAAAACUAUUGAUACAAGUU